UAAACAUUGUCUUGUUAAAGGAAAGAGGCGGAACUGGGAUAUUAAUCUUCGGGGAGGGAUUAGAUCCAAUUACGAGGAAUAAGACCGUGUGCUGCUCUUAAAGAUGCGGAAACACCAGCUGUCGAAGUCUCGGUUUUGAUCCAUACAGGAUGUGUGCGUGAACGAGAAGCAGCAUGCCAAGGCUCUAAAGUAAACAUGUUCCAAAUUGGAAUUAAACGACAUGAAGUUUUUUUGCGUGAGAUAAACUCAGUGCUAUGAAUCGACCCAUUCUUUCUCAAUUUCUCGGAAUUUACGGGUUUUCUUUGGAGAUUAACCACCAUGUCAAAAGUCAUUCAGAAGAAGAACCACUGGAUCACAAAAGUGAACGAGUGCGCGGUCAUCAGGGACGCGAGUGGAGAGCUGAACGUGGAGCUGCACGGUGGAGCGGAGAAUGGAGAGUUUGCAUAUAUCGGCCAGAUUAGACAGGAUGCUGUAGUUUAUCAGGACGGGAAACUGUCAGAGGGAGAACUGCUGCUAGAAGUUGAGGCGCUGUCAGUGUCUGGAUUACCCCUUUAUGACAUUUACACUGUGAUCAACUGCUGCAAAGGACCUGUCAGGCUAAAAACUGUUCGUCAAGGUCACAAGCUCAACAAGGACCUAAAGCACUUCUUGAGCUUGAGAUUUCAGAAAACAUCAUCUGACCACGAGUUGCAGAAGACUAUCCGAGCCAAUUUAUAUCGCCAUGCUGUGCCUUGUACGACACGCACCCCUCGAGACGGAGAGGUCCAAGGAUUGGAUUACAACUUCCUGUCUGUGGACGACUUCCUACAACUGGAGGAGAGUGGCACACUACUGGAAGUAGGAACAUAUGAAGGUAACUAUUAUGGGACCCCAAAGCCUCCAAGGCAGCCCAUCAUUGGGACACUGACUCUCAGUGAUGCGGGCUCCCAGCCGUCCACACCAAAGCGCACCAAGUCCUACAAUGACAUGCAAAAAGUCCGCGUAGUGCCUGCUGACGACGACGAUGACGACCAGGCCACGGAAAUGAACAACAGUUUUACAGGUAACCCUAACGACCAGGACGAGAGCCGCAGCGGCAUCCUCCGGCCGUACCCCGUGCGUGAUAAUGCUCUACCCUGUGGUCUGAACAAUGCAGCCACUUCCACUGCAGAGAGCGGGCAGCAGACGCUUGCAGAUCCCCAGGUCUCUCCGGAGGACCCUCUGGGACCACUGCCCGAAAACUGGGAGAUGGCCUACACCGAGAACGGGGAACUGUACUUCAUAGACACGGCAAAGACUCUCCACCAGGACAUGGCUGUGUGUUUUCAAAGCUUCCACAACACAAAGACCACAUCCUGGCUGGAUCCCCGGUGUAGAGACAAAGCCCCCCGGCCUCUGGAAGAUUGUGAUGAUGAUGAAGAAGGGAUACAUACAGAAGACCUGGAAAGUGAUCUAGAGCUGCCUCCAGGAUGGGAGAGAAUAGAUGACCCUGUGUACGGAGUGUAUUAUGUAGAUCAUAUAAACAGGAAGACCCAGUAUGAGAACCCAGUGGUGGAGGCGCGGCGUCAAAAAAUCUUGGAGCAGCAACAACCGCCGCAGCCUCCAGAAGGUGAGCGGUAUAUCCGAGAAUGGAUAGAGGAGCACUCAGCUGCAGCUCCACUAGCAAACUAUGCUCCAAACCACCUGGAGACCUACAGGGACCCACAAGUCCCACCAGCUCUACCUCCUGGCCCAGCAGGAGUAAAAAGGGGGAAACCUUUCUUCACCAGAAACCCUGCAGAGCUAAAAGGAACCUUCAUCAACACCAAGCUGAAGAAAAGUUGCCGUGGAUUUGGCUUUACAGUAGUUGGAGGUGACGAGCCCGAUGAGUUCCUGCAGAUUAAAAGUCUGGUGCUGGACGGGCCUGCAGCUGUGGAUGGCAAAAUGGAGACAGGGGAUGUAAUUGUCAGUGUGAAUGACACCAUCGUGCUGGGCUACACCCAUGCACAGGUGGUGAAGAUUUUCCAGUCCAUCCCAAUUGGCUCAAUGGUGGACCUGUCGUUAUGCCGUGGCUAUCCGCUGCCAUUUGAUCCCGAUGACCCCAACACUAGCCUAGUGACCUCUGUGGCGAUCUUGGACAAGGAGCCAAUCAUUGUCAACGGACAAGAGACUUUUGACGCACCCACCAACCAGGUCGGACCCAUCAAUGGCAUGCGGGAACCACGGCCGCACAGCCCCUCAGCCGAGGUAGCGUCCAACGGUUCACAUGGCUACUCCAGCGACGUGGUCACACUGGCCUCAGCCAUUGCCACCCAGCCGGAGCUGAUCACCAUCCACAUGGAGAAGGGAGACAAAGGGUUUGGGUUCACUAUUGCUGACAGCCUGACAGGAGGCGGGCAGAGGGUCAAGCAGAUAGUGGACUAUCCACGGUGCCGUGGCCUGAAAGAGGGGGACAUUCUGAUGGAGGUCAACAAAAGAAAUGUUCAGAAUAUGAGCCACAACCAGGUGGUGGAUCUGCUCAGCAAAUGUCCAAGAGGCAGUGAAGUCACCAUGUUGGUGCAAAGAGGCGUGGUGCCAGCCAAGAGAAGCCCAAAGCUGGUGCACCAGUUGGAGAGAAAGGACAGUCAGACCAGCUCCCAGCACAGUGUGUGCAGUCAUCGCAGCGCUCACACCGACUCUCCUAGCCACCCACCUUCUGCCAUGCCCAGUGAGGCAGUGGUCCCCACUCCUGCAGCGCCCACACAGCCCCUGCCGGUCUUGCCUCCCCAGGACCCCGCAGAUGGCACGCUCACCCUCCAGAAGAAGCCAGACCCCUUCAAGAUCUGGGCCCAGUCCAGAAGCAUGUAUGAAAGUCGACUGCCAGAUUCCCAGGAGCAAGACAUUUUCCUUUGGCGGAAGGAUACUGGUUUUGGCUUCCGCAUUUUAGGAGGAAAUGAGGCUGGGGAACCUAUCUACAUUGGGCAUAUAGUGAAGUACGGGGCCGCAGAUGAAGAUGGCCGCCUGCGGUCAGGUGAUGAGCUCAUCUGUGUGGACGGCACAGCGGUAGUGGGCAAGUCCCACCAGCUGGUGGUUCAGCUGAUGCAGCAGGCUGCCAAACAGGGUCACGUCAACCUCACGGUCAGGCGCAAGACCCCUGGAUACGGAGUUUCAAAGGGAGAAGGUGACGUUCCCCCGUCGCCGGCCUCCUCGCACCACAGCAGCACCCAGGCGCCCAGUCUGACAGAGGGCAAGCGAACCCCUCAGGGGAGCCAGAACUCACUGAACACGGUCAGCUCUGGCAGUGGGUCUACCAGCGGAAUAGGCAGUGGUGGCGGAGGCGGCAGCGGGAGCGCGGUGGUUCCUGCCUCCCUGCAGCCUUAUGACGUGGAGAUCCAGCGGGGAGAAAAUGAGGGAUUUGGUUUUGUAAUUGUGUCAUCCGUCUCCCGGCCUGAUGCUGGCACCACAUUCGCUGGAAAUGCUUGUGUGGCAAUGCCCCACAAAAUAGGGCGCAUCAUAGAGGGCAGCCCGGCAGACCGCUGUGGGAAGCUGAAGGUUGGGGACCGGAUUCUGGCCGUUAAUGGCUGCUCCAUCACAAACAAGUCACACUCGGACAUCGUCAACCUGAUCAAGGAGGCCGGGAACACUGUCUCACUCAGGAUCAUUCCGGGCGAUGAAUCUUCCAAUGCUUCUCUGCUGACUAAUGCAGAGAAAAUUGCCACCAUCACCACCACACACACACCUCAGACCACAGAGUCAAGGAAUCAUUCAAAGUCAAAAGGAGCUCCUCCUCCACCUCCUACUCAAAUGCAGGAUGCAGAGUACUAUUCUGUGGACCUGGAGAGGGACAGUAAAGGCUUUGGCUUCAGCCUAAGAGGAGGACGGGAAUACAGCAUGGACCUUUACGUGCUGAGACUAGCCGAGGAUGGAGCUGCUGUCAGAAAUGGCAAGAUGAGGGUGGGAGAUGAGAUCCUGGAGAUUAACGGUGAGAGCACAAAGAACAUGAAGCAUUCACGAGCCAUUGAACUCAUCAAGAACGGAGGUCGGAGGGCACGGCUCGUCCUAAAGAGAGGCGAUGGAUCUGUGCCUGAAUAUGACGGCAGCAGUGACGGGCACCCUCCCCCACCCGGGGCACAAAACACUCCGGAAGUGAGAACGUUGCCACUCAACAGCCGAUACCACACCUCAUUGGAGUCCAGUUAUCCACCAGACCUUCACAAACCAUCACGCCUGGAGGAGGCUGCACGUGGCCAAGGUAUGGACAAGAACAGGGACUGGGCUGGUUCGGAUCUGAUGGACUUCCACGGCCGGCAGUUCAACCCCCAUCUUCAUCACACCUGGAAUAACAGUCACAGUCAAAGUACCCACCGACAGCAGUCCCCUGACAACAGCAACGGCAGCAGUAGCGGCAACAAGAAGAGCCGAGGCCGCAAAGUCAAGAAGUCCGAAUCGGAGGGUGGCAUUUCCAAGCUUCUGAAAACUCUGAGGAAGGACAGCUCUGGAAAGAAGGAUGCUGGCAAAAAACUGCAGGGCCAAGACCUCUUGAACAGCAGUUCUACUCUGGACAGAAAGUUUCAUCUGCAGCGUCGUGGAUCCCUUAAUCGCUCACCAACCAGGAAGCGUAACUUGUCUCCAGAUCGUCAGCGCGCGAAGUCCAUGGACCGCAGGGCAGAGCGUGCGCAUCGGGACCACACACCUGAGAGGGAGUACGACGAUGGAGGGUUUCUUUCAGUCACCCCUGAGCGGAAGUUCUAUGAACGGAGGCUCCUCAAGGAGUUCCAGAUGGCUGGACAAGUCAAUGAGGCCUCCACCCCUGAGCGCGCCAACAACAGCGGCGAUUCUCUAUCUAGAGGUCACAUGCACGAGAAAGCCACAAAGAACGGCAACAUUCUAAGAGACUCUUCCUCGGAACGGGGGGAGGAGAGGCACCGGACGAACGGGACAAUGGAGAGGCACUACAGAUUGGAGCGGGACUCUUCCCCUGACAGCAACUACAGCCGGGACGAGCUGAACUAUGCAGCGGCACCCAGACUGAAGGAUUACUACAGCAUGAUGAAGAACAACGCUGCACACAACAACGCUACCUACAACAAGACAGUACACAACAAUAAUGCCGGAGGCCGCAGCUCAAACCAGAUCCCUGAGCCCAAGAAAAGGCUGUACAAAGAAAACCCUAAAGACCUCAGUAUCUAGAGGGGAGUAGAGGUUCCCCUCGCUGCUCUCUCCUCUGUCCGUGCAAACUACAUACCAUACACUGGCAUUGGACUAGUAACAAUACUAACUCUUACUCUUUUAUUUGGUCGAAUUGUUUAUGAUUUAAGUUGAUUGACUAAACUACUUGUGGUCCCAUCCAGAGAUUCAUAAAAACAGCAGGAGAACAAUCCUUCUAUCAGUUUAUACUGGUUGUGUUGUCAUUGUUCUUGUUAUUUUGAGCAUAACAGAGGUUGUUGUACUGUAGUAAAGGUAUUGUAUGUGCCUGCAUAUGAAAUCAGUGAUAUUGCUAUUUUGUAGGCAUUGCUGACUUUAAAUAUUUGUUUCCUUGAGAGGUCUGAAUAAUGCUUCCAUUUGUGGUAAAUCCUAAUUCCUGAGCUUGUUUUUAAAAUUGCUUUAUGUGUCCUUUUUGCUCCUGAAUUACUGAAACUAUAAAUACCGGUGGUUCACAAGAGCUGUGGAAGUGAAGCAAAGCUCUACAUUUAAAUUGGAUGGUCAAACUAGAGCGUUAAAUUAUACAUAGUAAUAAUAUAUGAAAUUUCUAAUUUCGGUCUAUUUAUUUUUAAUUUUACUCAUGUGUUGAGUGAGCUGCAUUAAAUCUUGAAGGGCUGAGGUAGAAGUGUAAGCAUGCUGUACUACAAAUUGUUUUGCAUAAUUGUUUGCCAGCCCAUUUUCAGAGACUCUGAGGCCCUGUCUACACUAACAGAUAUUUUCUGCUGUGCUUCCACAUGCUGUCCACAAACAACCUGAGUUUUUGAUGAAAAAAAAUAUAUUUUUAAAAACACUUUCCAAACAUUUGGAAAAAAACUUUGUGUGCAAUGGGUGUGGGGAGAUUGUAAAAAAAAAAAAAAAACCCGAAACCCUUAGAGAACCAUUUUUCACACACCUGACUGCUGUUUCUGUGCUUGAAACCACAACAUCAGUAGAGCCAUUUUUGGUAGGUCUCUCCACAUCUGUCCCGCUUUGUCCUCAUGCUGUUUCUAUUGAACUUCAAAAAUGAGCGGAAGAAGUCCACAUUUUUACAACUCUCCCUUUUCACUUGUUUCACUUGUGACUUGUAGCUCACAAUAUGUUCAUUCUCAGUGAAGUUUAAAUAUGCACAGAGUAGUUUAACUUGGAGUUGAGUUUUUGGUAAGAAAAACAGAGUCAGUUUGUUGUAGAAAUGUGUUAACUGGAUAUCCGAUGAUUAGCAGAAAUAAUGACACAGAGGCUCAUGUUGCAGAUACCCAUUCUCACUAUCUGAGCUGAAAAUCAUAACAACAUUAGUGCACAUCUCCCUUGAUUUGUCUUGACUCUCCACCCAUUAAGCUUAUAAUGUAAGCUAAAGAAGAUCUGAGGACUGAGAGCAAAGGGUAAAUGCAUUCAAAAGAAACAUGAGCCACAAUUGUUUUUAAGAUAAUCUUUAGCCUAGCACAACUUUAGCUAGAAUCGACUUUUUCAUUUAUUAUGAGGUGAUUAAUGCCAGUAUUAUCACCACUUGCUGGUGCAGUAUGGUUAUUACAACAUUUAAAAUUGGAACUACUGAAUGCAGACUCAGCUAUUUUCAUACACAAAGGACAAAAAAACAAAACAAAAACAAAUCCAUAAUAAAAUAUCUGGAGUAGUGUGGCUGGGCCCUGAGACUAUUUUCCAAAUUACGUACGACUUUUCCCCUUCUCUAAACUGAAUCAGUCUGUUUGAACGACAGCCAAACCUGUUCAUGACUAAAUGAGUUGCCCUGAUUUCUUAAAAAUCAUGUUUAGUGACUUAGAGUAAUUUGCAAUCUGCCAUACUACCAGCUGAAGCUGCCAUUAAGUAUGAUUGUUCAGAUAUGGCAAGCAAAUAAAAUAAAAUAAUAAAUAAGUGAAAUAACCCUGAUAAGAUGCAUGUGUAAGUUGAAAUGUAGUGUAACCAUUUUGUUUGGCCUAAAGAAACUGUAUUCCCCCACGCUUAUUUCUAGCCCAGUCUGUGUUUAUUACACCCAUCAUCCACCUACUGGGCCCUGACACAAUGAGCUGAUGAGGGUCGUUGACACGUAGACGUAGACGAGACAACUAAUUUUGCCACUCUGAGCCACGCUGUCACGCCACUGGAGUCUGACUGCUGCUUUUUCAUGUGUUUUUGUUUGUGCGUAAUAAUUCUCUGUUUUAUGUUUUGUUUGAAACCUAAAACUACAUAUUGAAAGAACAAAUGCAUUGUUUCAUCACCGGUGUCACUAUGGUACUGUAUUCAAGAAAAAUACAAAAUUAAACAAAAAAAAAAAAAAAAGGAGAGAGAGAGAGAGAGUCAUAUUUAAGAGGUUGGCCAUCACCUGUAAAGAGUUUUUCUCGCCCCAAUGUAACCACUAGGAACUUGUCAAGGAAUAAAAUGUUGCCUUUUUCUUGCACAAAAGAGAAAUUUAUGAACAACCUCAGCAGUGAGGAAUGUGAUAUUGUAUUUAUAUCUCUGAAAUGGACCUGAUGAUUUAUGGUAAAUAUGUUAAUUUACUCUGGGUCAGGUAUGUAAAGACAUUUUUAAAAAUGAAAGACUGUGGUCAAUCAACAGCUGUUAAAUGGUUUGAAGCUCUCUAUGGUUAGCCUGCCUUUGUAUUAUAAAGCACUUGUAUGCAGUCUGUGUUCUUCAAGCAUUAUUUCUUGCAAUGUGCUCCAGGCAUAUUGCUGUCUCUGUGUUGAUAAAAGCAGUACAUGUAUAUGGGCCAAUCUUUUUUAUAUAACUAUGCAUAUAUAAAUAUUACAUUGUUCAUAGCUUUAUUUGACCCAUGAAGCUAUACAUAACAUUAGUCAAAGUAAAAGUAGAUGUGGACUUAUCCAGCUUCUUUUCCUUCAGAUGGAUUACAAUGUAUAUGUAGCUAUCAAAAGAAGUCUGUGGAUGCUAUUUUUAUUAUCAAAUAAAGUUUUCCAUACAAAUUCAAAA